GUUCAGAACUCAACGGUAACUAAAUCGAAGAGAACGUCGACGGAGAUGGCCUCUUUGCGUCGGACAUUGGUCGAGUUCCUGAUCCGAUCUGCUAGCCAUCUCGAAGUUCCUCCGAUCGUCAAGUACUCAGCGUUUGCGCUCUUUUUCGAUCGAUUCCGUCCUUCUUUGACCAGGUUCUUGCAGAUAAAGAAAGCUAAACACUGGCUUUUGCAACCUUUGACAGAAAGCAAUCUGCAACUAUUUGUACUAAUCGCCAUAUGGGUCUCAAGCAAAAUGCAUGAUUCCCGAGCUUCAGCACUUCAAAGUUUUAAAAACUUGAGCAAUAAGCUGAUUACAGAACAACACUUCACGGUUCAGGAUUUCUUGGAGGCAGAACUGGUUUUCCUACAGGUUUUGAAAUUUGAAAUCGGCACUUCAAACAUAUCCUAUGUAAUACUUGAAGACCUUUAUAUUCAGUUCAAAGAAGUUGCAAAGGUUGGUGAACUUUUGAACUUUGAAGCAUGCAUGGAUAUGAUGGAUCUUCUAUACGAAAAGGAAGAGGCAUCCAUUCUCUUUGGUUCUUCCGCAUCUUUGGCUGCUUCCAUAUUGGUAUGUUCUUACAUCAUAACCGUGCCGAAACAGAGGUGGGAGUUUCCUCUUCUCCCUUGGGUUAAAUUUGUGACGUCAUGCAAUGAAGGCGAACUCGUGGUGCUUGUCAGGCACGUUCUUAAUCAUGUCCUAGGAACGUAAUCCUCCAAAGGCUUUCCAAUUAUCAAUCUUCAAAUGGUUACGGGUGACGUGUACGGAAUGACGGAAUGCUGGUAAGCAUAGUCUCAGUGAAGGCACAGGAAAGAUCAAUCCAAUUUUUUUUUUUUGAAUAAUCCUCGUAAUGACUGUGGUACUUUCGCCAUUUAACGUAUUUUGGUGCAAAAAAAGAAUAAAAUAAAAAUAAUAUGAGUUACAUAAUAGCUGUGUAAAUAAUAAAAGAAAGGUCACUAUUGUUAUUUAUUA